AUGUCGACAACCACAGUUCUCGCUCCGGCGCAGGUCUAUGAGCUGUCGACCUUUCGACAGCCAGAGAACAACGGUAGCACCCCGCAGACGUCCCCAGGACAGGUUGAGGAUGGCCAGCGGCUCGUGGCAACAGCCUACUCCCGGUUCAGCGACAUCCAGAAACAGUCGGUUGCGUGGUUCGUUGCCUUCUGCGGACUUCUGGCUUCCAUGUCUACGACCAGCAUUCUCUCCGCCGUGCUGGAAAUCAUGGAAACCUUCGACACGACAGCAACUGUUAUCAACAUUAGCAACGCCUUGUACCUCGUCGUCAUCGGGCUGUCCAGCUGCUUUUGGGGCCCAUUGGCUGACACGUUCGGCCGCAAACCAGUCUACACCGUGAGCACGACAAUGUUCCUUCUGGCAUCCAUUGUCAGCACAUUCCUCAUCCUAGGUUCAAGCUGCAUUUCGGACAUUUACCACCCUAUCGAGCGCGCGGCUGCCAUGGGUUGGUUCCUUCGAGGCACACUUUUUGGUCCGGCCUUUGGUCCGAUCAUCUCCGGCAUCAUCGUCACCUACACGUCCUGGAGAAUCAUCUUCUGGGUGCAGGCGUCUCUGACCGGUCUAGCGUCCUUCCUCUGCUUCUUUGUCAUGAAAGAAACAUUGCAGACGACUCCACGACUCAGGGAACUGCGAGGUCAGGGAGUGCAUGCUGCGGCUAAGACAUUGUGGAAGUCGUUGAACCCAAUUCUCGUUUUCCGACUGCUGAGCGAGAAGAACUUGCUCUGCGUGAGCCUUGCUUCGGCAUCCAUGGCGUUCAACAUGUAUUCCCUCUUGACGCCUAUCCGUUACAUCUUGAACCCUAGGCUGGGUCUGACCACGCCUCUGCAAUCUGGCCUUCUCUAUCUCGCACCAGGCGGGGGCUACCUCCUUGGUAGCCUCGUCGGCGGCCGUCUCUCCGAUCAUAUCGUAAAGUUUUGGAUGAAACGGCGUGGUUUCCGCCUUUGGGAGGAUAGACUCCGUGGAAGCGUCAUCUUGCUCGGCCUUGCUCUGCCUGGUUCGACAUUGCUCUACGGCUGGACGGUCGAUCGCGGUUUUGGAGGCAUCGGCUUGCCAGUAGUGUGUAUGUUCGUCCAAGGCAUCAGCCAGACGAGUGCCUUUCCAAGCCUCAACACCUACAUCAUGGAUGUCAUGCAGCAAAAUAGCGGCAAGGCGUCAGCCAGUCAUUACUUUGUCCGGUAUGCUCUCUCAGCUGCUGCCACGGCAAGCUGCAUUCCCAUGAUUGACGCAAUCGGUAUUGGAUGGACGGCUACUAUUUCAUCUUUCAUGGUGCUCGCCGGGUCUGGACUUGUACUGCUGACCAUUCACUCCGGCGGUUCGUGGCGAGGAAACCAGGAACGACAAGCCUGA